AUGAGUGGAAUACAAGAAGCAUUUAGUAUAGAGUACUCUAAAUCAGAUAGAUCUACAUGUAAGAACUGUGGAAGCGGUCUCUCCAAAGGAGAGCUCAGGGUUGGCCACGGCAAACCAGGUCAAUACCACGACGGAUUAGAGUAUAGCUACUUUCAUGUAAAGUGCAAGAUUAAAUCUGUCAAGAUUUUAUCAGAUUUGAAGGGUUGGGAGACUCUUAGAUGGGAUGAUCAAAUGACCAUUAGAACAAAGCAUUUCCCAAAUGAUACAUCUGCAAAUGCUGCUCUUGACACUCAACGUAAAGAAUACAUCAAUGCACUUUGGAAGAUUCAAGAUCAACUUUCAGAUUCUGUUUUAAAAGGUCCUCAAAUUAAAUCAAUCAUUGAAGAGAAUAAAGGUAGAGUUGAAAAAGUACCAGGUGAUGUAUUGGUUGGUAUACUUUCCGAUUGGUUAUUACUUGGUCGUACUGGAUCAUGUCCAACAUGUAAGAAUUUCCAUGUUGGUUUCAACUCUGUUGAAUACAAGUGCUAUGGUUAUGUAACUGGUUUUACAAAGUGUGAUUGGAAAGGUACUACAAUCAAACGUCACAAAAUCGUCAUUCCAUCAUCCCUAAAGGCUAAUCAAUUAAAGUUUAUUGAAAACUUUAAAUUUUCAAAAGAUUAUCCAAAAGAUGUUUGUAAUUAUGAUGGUGAUGAUGAUGAUGAAGAAGAAGAUGAAGAAGAAAAAGAAGAAUCAUCAGAUUCAGAAGCAGAAGAAUCAGAACCAGAAUCUGUUGAUAGUGAUGUUGUUCAAAGUGAUCCAGAAAGUGGUGAUGAACAAGUAUCUAAAACAAAAAAGACAAAGAAAAAAGAUCAAGAAGAUGCUGUACCAAUUGGUUCUGAAUUGUAUGGUAUGGUUUUUAUUAUUGCAGGUAAUCAAAAGAAUUUAGAUCCAUCACCAUCUGAAUUAAAAUCAUUAAUCAAUGAUCAUGGUGGUUCAGUUGUAGAAACUGUAGCCAAGGCAAAUAUUAUGAUUUCAUGUGAUGAUGAAGUUAAAAAGUCAAAACCAACUAAAAAAGUUUCUGAUGCUAUUGAUUCUAUUCCAAUUUUCCCAACUUCAUGGUUACAAGAUUUGGUUGAUAGAAAAAAUGAAGGAAUUGAAUUAAGAAAAUCAAGUAUUUCAUCAAAAUAUGUAAUUGAACCAUCAGAAUGUCAAGAUGAUUAUGAAUUGGUUACUACAAAAUAUGUUGCACCUAAAAAGGCAACUACCUCGACCACUUCAACCAAAUCAUCGUCGACCCUUCUUAAAAAGAGAAAAGAACCAGAGAAAAAGGAAAUCAUUUUUAAAAAGAAACCAAAGAUGGGAUCUGAUAUUCUCAAACCAGAUGAUGAAAUCUCUAGCAUUUACAACAUUUAUAUGGAGGAUGAUCAAACCUAUGGUACCAUCACUUACAAUGUUAUGCUCAAUCUUGUAGACAUUCAUUCAGGUUACAACAAGUUUUACAAAAUUCAAUUAUUAAAUAAUAAUAAUACUUAUAUUGUUUUCUUAAAAUGGGGUAGAAUUGGUAAAACUAUGGGUAGUAAACAAGAACUUUUUACAAGUAAAAAAGGAGCAAAAGAAUUAUUUUCAAGUAAAUUUGAAUAUUUUACAGGUAUUACAUGGGGAGAUCAUCAUAGUUUUGAAAAGAAACCAGGAAAAUAUUAUAUGGUAUCUCUUGAUGAUGGUUGGGAUGAUGAUAAUGAUGAAUUGGAGAGUGCCAUUAAAAAGAACAAGAGUUCUGACAAUUCUCAAAAAAUGUUGGCUAGUCUUUCAACUCCAUCCAAUCUUGCUCCUCGUACCAUUGAACUCAUCAAAUUAAUGUUUGAUCAGGAAAUGAUGAAAAAGCAACUUGCUUCCAUGAAGGUUGAUAUUGACAAGAUGCCACUUGGUAAAAUUUCAAAAAAACAAAUUAUGGAUGGCUACCAAGUUUUGGCUGAAAUUCAAGAAAUCCUUUCUCGUCCAAAUGGAAAUACUUCAACUGCUCCUUUAUCUGAUUGUGCUAAUAGAUUUUAUUCUCUAAUUCCACAUAAUUUUGGUUCAAAUUUGCCACCAAUUAUUAAUACAAAUGAAAUGUUGAAAGAAAAGAUGGAUCUUAUUGAAGCAUUUAUUGAUAUUGAAAUUGCAAACAAACUUAAAAAACAAUCAGAAAAUACUGAAGGAAAUUUAAUUGAUAACCAUUAUAAAUCAUUAAAGACCAAUUUAGCACCAUUAGACAAGGAUAGUGAACUUUAUAAAACAUUGGUUAGUUAUGCUCACAAGUCUCAUGAUACUAGUUAUUUUGACUUUGGACUAAAGGUGGAGGAUAUCUUUGAAGUUGAAAGAGAAGGAGAGGUAUCACGUUUUGAUCCAUGGAAGAAAAAUGACAACAAGAUGUUAUUGUGGCAUGGUAGUCGUUUGACCAAUUGGUGUGGUAUCAUUUCGCAAGGUUUACGUAUUGCUCCACCUGAAGCACCCAAGACUGGUUAUCGUUUUGGUAAAGGUGUCUACUUUGCCGAUUGUAUCUCCAAGAGUGCAAGCUAUUGUUUCACUUCCAAGCAAAGUCCAACUGCUCUCAUGAUUCUCUGUGAGGUUGCUCUUGGCAAGAUGAAUGAACUCAAACAUGACAAGUACAUGGAAAAGGCUCCAUCUGGAACUCACUCUACCAAAGCACUCGGCAUGUCCAUUCCCAAUCCAAAGGAAUACGUAAAGGUUGACAAUGACAUUGUUGUACCAGCUGGUUCAAUCAUCAAAACUGGUACAAAUACCAGUUGUUCUCAUAACGAAUUUAUCGUCUAUGAUGUAUCCCAAAUUAGAAUUAAAUAUAUUCUAAAAGUUAAUGUUCAAAACAAAUAUUAA